AUUGUCCCGAGGUGUGAGUGCGAGCGCGAAUGGUUGCUCGUCUUUGUAUGACCUGCGAAUGGAUGGAUGGAGAACAUGUUUCCAGUUUCUUGCAGCUAGUCCUGUGUUGUAAAGGAGCCGUUUUGGUGGGAUUUUUUUUUCACUUCUGUAAAACACUUCAGCAUUUGCAGUUAAACUGUGAGCUUUCAGCUCUUGUGGUUUCACUUUCGUUUUUUUCCCCCAGUUAUCGCUAUGUACACGCUUUCAACGGUGUGUUUUUGCCUGGUGUUUUGCCAUGCAAAUACUCAAUCUAUGCAUGCUCUGCUGCAAUGCCAGGGGAGCUCCAGUGAUGGUCAUGAUGCGUCUGUUGUGGAGAAAACCUACUAUAACAAGAUGCUUUAUCUACAAUACAACAGCACCUGGGGAAAUGUUACUGGCUACACAAAGAUAGCAAGGAAAGUUGCAGAUAUUCUGAACACUGACUUUUAUUUGAAGGGCAUUAAAGAAAGUCUAGAACUCUGCAAGACAUGGAUCACUCGUGCAUACAGCAUUUUAGCACAGAAAGUUGAGCCGAAAGUUCGACUGCGAUUAACCAAGGCGCCGGCGGACAGCGAGCAUCCAGCAACCCUCGUCUGCAGCGUGUACAAUUUCUAUCCAAAGGACAUCUUGGUGACGUGGCUCAAGAACGGCGAGCGGGUUACAUCUGAGGUGACGUCCACCGAUUCCCUACCCAAUGGCAAUUGGCUCUAUCAGAGGCACUCGUACUUGGAGUACACGCCGACGCACUGGGACAAAAUCAGCUGCGUGGUGGAGCACCCCAGCCUCGAGAAGCCGAGGAUUUAUGACUGGGAGCCUACGCCGGAGUCUGUGAAGAAUAAGUUCAUAUUGGGAACCAUGGGGCUGAUCGUGGGUCUGGUUUCUUUCGCUGCUGGCCUGAUUUACGACAGAAGGAAUGUGCCUGGGCGAGAGAGAGCUUCGGCAAAUGAUGACAGAAGUGAUGUGCAGUCAGGGGAAGGAGGGGAGGCAGAGACUCACCUACACAACGAAGAGUAAAACAACAAUAAUAAUAAUAAGAUUAAGAUAUCCUUUAUUUGUCCCACACUGGGGA